CUCACAAUCCGUUUAAUUGUGGACCCGCCCACUUUCUUGCUGUAUAUAUGUGAGUGAGGUCUUGUGCUCCAGCCAGAGUCAUAAGCAUCUGCCAAGACAGCAACAUGGAACAGGCCAGUUCUCUUUGUGGGGGGGUUUCCCUGCUUCACACUAUGGCUGAUGGGAAACACCACUAUGAAGUAAGAAAUGUUUUGGCCCAUAUACGACGUAAAUUUGUCAGGAAGGGAGACAAAAUCCUGAUGAUAAAUGGUGUGAAAACUAAGGAUUUGCCCCCAGAGGAGUUCGCCAACAUGCUAUGUUCAAGAUCUCCCAGCCUGACUAUACACCAAGCAAGCAUCGACACAGGCAUAAAAGAAUGCUUGGAGUGUGAUAGCAUCAAACCUUACAGCAAGGAGGAGAUCACCUUGCGCUUCAGAAUGGCUAUGGUUAGAGAGGAGUGUCUGGAGGGAGAAGAAAAUGGAGUGGACCCAGCUAUGUGUGAAUGGGAGAGCGACUACACUGAAAAUGACCAGGAACUGCUUCUUGUGUCCAUGAAUGAAACCAGUGUAGCAGUUAUGAGUGGAAGAGGCUGUGAUCCUGAAAACCCCUGCAACAGUUGCGGCUGUCAUGGGUGCAACCUCAGUGAAGUUGUUGUGGUAGCUGAUUCAUGCAAUGUUACAUCAGUUGGCAGGGAAUACAUGAAAUAUGACCACGCAAAACAAGAGGAAAUGAUCAGCCUUGUACGAUAUCACCUGUCUAAUACUUCCUUUCUGACAGCACCCAUCAAUGUCUACUACUACACUGAGUUAAAACAGACUUUUAUAGGUAAACCUGUUGUAUUGGAAUUAAAUGAGAUCAAUGAAUUCCUGAAAUGCACAUGUGAGAGUCAGAAAGUGGUUUUGAAAAGUGAGUGCUGUGAUGAAGAAAAACUGAAGAAAGUCUGUAAGGAUGACAAGGAAAUGUUGUCUUUUGUCUUCUACAUGAAGACUUUGAAGGACGACACAAAACUAUUUGAGUCAGCUGCACACAGAGGUUGGUUUAUAGAGACUAAUAAUCAUGUGGCUAUGGAAAAUAGACCAGAACAAAUCAGUGGAAGCUUCUAUUUCGUGAUUUCAUACAAGUGCACAUCACAGUGAGGUCCUUUUUUUCCAAGAGAUGCAGCAGUAAUUCACCAUUUCAAUCCACAUGGGGUUCAGAGGUGACUGAUAAUAUUAUAGGUGUUAGUAUAAAUUAGCAACAGAAAAAAGGUUAAAGUUGCCCUUUGACACUGACUUUUUUAUAAUAUUUGAUAUUCUUCACAAAGUAAUGUUAACCUUGUCAAUAUUAAUGAUUCUUACUGGCUAUCAUUCAUUAAUAAAUACACUACCAAUUUUGGUCUAAAUAUUCUUUUACAUUUUUUGUUAAAAUUUAAUUAGGUUGCUUUACAGAAUAAGGACUAAACAUGCUAAAAUGUGUUAAAGCCUGAAAUAAUCAUUUAAAAUUCGGAGGUGUUGGAUGUUGCAGGAGGCUUUUGGACAAUGUCAUAUGUCUUUACAUAUUAAGGUCCCAUGCACAGGGUCAAAAAGACAGUCCAGCUUGAUGUUUAUGUCUCAAAUGCAAAAUCAUCAUUAUUCUAAUGAAGACAUGGUGACAGUAGUAGAUCAUUCACAUCCUUAGAAGACACAACCUUCACCAAGUUCUAAUUCGGAUCAUCUUUUCAGAGAGGACUGGAACCACAACUGAUGUUAGAAAAUGUUCUUCCGCACAUUGUAUGCAAUUAUACAUUUCCACCACAGAGGUCUCCAAACCCAAAACUUGUGUCGUGUAGCUUUAAGGUCAAGUCUUCUGAUAAAUUAAGCAAUAUUUGUAUCAGAGAUCAAAAGGCAACUUUUACUCAGAGCUAGUUAAGAGCUAAGGAACAAACUUUAACUGCCAUUGCAGUAACAAGUAGAUAUGUAUCAUACCAUGAUUUAUUGAUUUUUUUUUUAUUUUUUAUAUGAACACUUCUUUUGUCUUAUAAGCCAUGAUCACGUUACAAGCCUCAUUCUAAAUCUCAAAUCUGAUUUUUGCUCAAAUCUGAUCUCUCUGACUGGAUGGUUCACACUCGUUUAUGUAAGUGAUUCAAAUUUGCCAUUAAUGUGAACGAACUGGUGUCCUGAAAUGACCCACAUGCGCACAUCCUACUGAAUACAGUCAUGUGAAUGAAACACAUGUGACAUGUAUCAUCAGCAACGGUCAGAACAAGCCUUCAGAACAGCAAACAGACUAACGGUCAGAACAAGCCUUCAGAACAUCCUUGGGGCAGUCGUGGGCUGGAGGUUAGGGAACUGGCCCUGUGACCGGAAGGUUGCCGGUUCAAUCCCCAGC